AUGGACCGAAUCGACCGGUGCUUCAAAUGGGGCGAUGAGAUCGAGUACGUGAUCGUCCGCUUUGAUCACAACAACCAAAAAGUUAGACUCAGUUUACGUUCAAAACAAAUACUCGAUGUAAUGGAUGUGAGGGAAGAGAAAGAGGGGGCGAACCGUCGGGUGCUGUGGAGACCAGAGUACGGCUCGUUUCAGAUCGAGGNUUUACGUUCAAAACAAAUACUCGAUGUAAUGGAUGUGAGGGAAGAGAAAGAGGGGGCGAACCGUCGGGUGCUGUGGAGACCAGAGUACGGCUCGUUUCAGAUCGAGGCCACACCCGGACAGCCGUACGGCUAUAAUAACGAACUGAAUGGCGAAAACUCAAUGAAUAAUGUGUUUAAUAACGUGGAGAACAAUAUGAGAGAACGACGACUCGAUAUCAAGGCCUUACUCCAUGAAGACGAGGCACUCCUAUGUCUUACACACCAUCCGAGACUCGGAUGUGAGGACACAACUGUACCCUUCAGUAAAGCCGACCCAUUGAACAGCGCCUCCAAAAGUAUCUUCGUAUCCGAGGCCCACAUCUGUGAGGCAUACGAGCGGUACUUAGUUAUGGACCGAUACUAUGCCCAACGCAUCGGACAUAAAGCUGUCAUAAAUACUCCCAUUUUUAAAGACACCAAAACUCCGGACCCUUUCGUCGAGACAUUCAACGACACGGAGUCUAAUAGAGCGGCAAAAGUGGAUCACAUAUAUAUGGACGAGACUUUGUUUGGUGCGGCGGCCAGUUGUCUACAGGUAACAAUGCAGGCGACAGACGUGUCCGAAGCGUUCACUCUAUACGACCAGUUGACUCCAUUAACGCCCAUAAUGUUGGCUUUGGGCGCCGCGACCCCUAUUUUCAGGGGCUAUUUGACGGAUAAUGACUGCAGACUUGGCGUCCAAUUGGAGUCCAACGACGAC